UGUCACAAUCGUCUGCGCGGGCGCAUACACUGUGUAGUGCCUUCGCUGUGUGCGCGUGUAGUGCUGUGUUGGUUCGCUUAUAAGUGGCAAUGAUCAGAAGAAAAUAAAGGUUCGAAUACAAAUAUACAUUUGGGAAAAUGAAGGUACCGAAAGUAAGCGAGCCGACUGGGAUCAGAACUGUCAUGGACGCCUACAGCUCUAAAAUCGAGCUAGCGUACAAUGGCUCAAGAGAAGAUCUGGACCCAUACAUCCCAGCAGAUCACAGACCCAUGGAGUCCAAUACCUCGAGUUUCGGAGCGUUGGCGCAUUUACUCAAGGCAUCUCUCGGCUCCGGCGUGCUGGCCAUGCCACUGGCAUUCAAGAACGCUGGUAUCGUCGUCGGCAGCUUUGGCACAAUCUUCAUAGGCUUUAUCUGCGCACACGCCAUUCAUAUUCUGGUAAAAACAUCACAGAAAUUGUGCGCCGAAAUCAAAAGACCGUCCUUAGGUUACGCAGAAACCUGCGAAGUGGUCUUCCAAAACGGACCAAAACCAGUACAAAGAUACGCCACAUUUGCCAGAGAGUUAGCAGACUGGGCUUUAGCGGUGACUCAUAUGGGAGCCUGCUGCGUAUAUGUUGUCGUCAUUGCCGAGUCUUUCAAACAGGUAUCCGACCAGUAUGGUGGUCCUAGCUGGUCCGUAACAGCCUUCUGUGGCCUCACCCUGGUGGUCCUAUUACCGCUGACUCAGAUCACGAAACUAAAGUACCUGGUGCCUUUCUCUGCUCUGGCGAACUUCGUUUGGCUGGGGUCUAUAUGCAUCUGCGUGUACUACUGUUUGAGAGACCCUCCCCCGAUCUCCAGUAGAAAUGCCGCUACGUCGAUCAGUGGGCUACCCAAUUUUAUAAGCACAAGUCUAUUCGCCAUGGAAGGUAUAGGUGUGGUAAUGCCGAUUGAGAAUGAGAUGAUCAAGCCCAACCACUUCCUCGGUUGCCCUGGAGUACUGAACAUUGCCAUGUCAGCUGUGGUCCUGAUGUAUGGGUUCAUUGGUUUCGCUGGCUACCUCAACUACGGGGAAGACGCAAGGGGAAGUCUCACGCUGAAUCUGCCUCAGGAUGAGAUCCUGGCCCAAACAGCCAAGACGUUGGUAGCGAGUGUGAUGCUGCUGUCGUUCGCGCUGAUCUUCUACGUACCAGUCGACGUGAUAUGGAGACGAACACAGGACAAGAUACCCGCCAGGGCUCACAGGUGGAGCUUGGCAGGCCUGAGGUUCUUCGGGACGUUGUUUAUAGUCGGCUUGGCAUCAGCGGUGCCCCGACUCGAGAUGUUUAUGGAGCUGGUGGGGGCUGUGUGUCUAUCCGUCAUGGGCCUGGCACUCCCUGCCAUAUCCGAAACCGUCUUCCGAUGGGGCAAAGACUUGGGCACUUACCAUUGGGUGCUCUGGAAGAACAUUCUGAUAGUUUUCUUCUCAUUAGUCGCCAUGGUGUCAGGAGUUACCUUCUCUAUCAAGACCAUGAUAGAAAACUUGUGAUAAAUAAGUGAUAAUUGUUAUUUAAUGAUAAUGACUGAGAUUAUAAUAUAACUUUAUACGUAACUGUU